AUGCCCAGUCCGCAGCAGAGGUUCAUCAAGGCGUGGGAACGCACCCAGUACACUCGAGAGAAGAGCUGGGCCCACGUUAUCAUGGUCUUGCUGGUCACUCCGCUGCCGUGUCUGGUCAUCACCGUGAUCAGUGACGUGCUCCCUUUGAACGACCCGUCGGAAGGCGUCAAGGUCAACAAGAUGUUCCAGGUGCGCCAGUACUACAGCUACGUGGUCAUGACGUUCCUCGCGGUGCAGCAGUUCCGUACCAGCGUCCGAGCACUACCGUACCCAAACAUACGCGCCGCUAGGAACACCGUCGUCGUGGCCGCUCUCAUGGCUGCGGUCUUGUAUGGGUUCGCGUCGUGGAUCGGCUUCCCGACCCCGUUCUCGAUCGUCGUAGUGAUGCCCGUGUGGGUGGUUAUUCUGUCGGUAGCCAUGGCGAUGGAGUGGCUUCGUCCUAUUCAGCAGAACCCGGGGACGGGGAUGAUGGUGUUCAACACCAUCAAGGUCUGGCUG